AGCUGAAUUUUGUUGAUACUGCAUAUUUUUGAUCCUGACUGCGAACGUUUAGAAUUUGGCCAUGCUGGACAUUUCGCAAAUGUGCCGUGUUUGCAGGGACGAAUCCGACUGCCUGGUGGAUAUAUAUACAGAGUCAUGUGCCUCCAAGCGGGAUCAGGAGCAGGAGCCGCCCUUGGCGACAAUGCUGAGGGAAUGCAGCGGAUGCAGCGUGGACAGGAAGGACGGAAUGCCACAGUUCAUCUGCGUGGAGUGUGCGGAGGCCACAAGAAAUGCCUAUCGGCUAAGACGGCAAUGCCGGAAAAGCCAUCUAUACUUUGACCAGCUGCGCCUGAUGAUAAAGGAGCUGGAGGAUCUUGAGGAUUGCUUUAUUAUAACGGAUAACCCACAGAUGUCAGUGUCGGUAGUCGAAGCUGGUGAAACGGCGGAGACCUGCGAAUCCCAAGGCCAGGAACCUCUUUUCGUAGAACUUGUGGAGCCUAAGUACAAGUCUCCAGAACCGAAGCCACUGACACCUCCUUUUCCAGACAACAAUGAGCUCGCGAAAAGUGAUUCUCCAGUGAAGACGCCAGACACCAAGCAAAAGAAAAGGGCGCGAUCAUGCUCGGAUAGUGAGUCAUGGAGCCCGGAAAGUGAGAAAGAUGAUGAUGACCAGGAAGAUAAUGAUGAAACCUGGAAUGGACCAAAACAACGCAAAUCGAAAAACGUUGGCAGACCAUUUCGGUGCCAGCAGUGCAAGCAAACCUUCGCCCAAAAAAUUAACCUACAAAUUCACAUGCGAGUACAUACAGGCGAGCGUCCCUACAAGUGCUCCCAAUGUCCGCGAUCCUUUGCCCAGAAGGGCAACCUUCAGAGCCACACACGCUGCCACACCGGCGAGCGACCCUUUGAAUGUCCGAAAUGCCCCAAACGAUUCCGGCAAGUCGGCCAACUGCAAGUGCACACCCGAACUCACACCGGCGAGCAUCCGUACAAAUGUUCCAUUUGUCGGUAUAGCUUCAAGCAACAAAACGGCCUCCAGCGACAUAUGACAAUACACACCGGAAAAAAGACCCGGAUCAGCAGCCAAGAAACAAAAAAUAGUUAGGUUUAAAUAGUUUCUAUUUUUUAUUUCAUCAGAUAAUCGAUUUGUUAAAGGAAUUUGUACAUUUGUAAGGUAGGCCAGUAAAAAGUAAAUAAUAAGGUUUAACUAU